AAACAAAAUAAUUACUCGUACAAUUAUCUACUAACGAUAUACAAUUAUGUACAAUAGUUCGUUUUUCCAUUUACUAAUCCCCACCGGCCAGGAACAUUGUGGCUUCCUGUUCGCCCGAGAGUUCAGCGGCCAUUUUGGCUGGGUGCCAGCGCAUGCGCACGAGGAAUUUCAGACUACAACUGGUUCAAACACGUCUGCACUAAGAUAAUCAACAAUUUCUGGUGAUCCUGGAGGGAAGGAAAGGGCAGUGAAAUUGCUGGAGGGACUGACUGGCGAGGAUUCGAGGCAUCUGGCGAGACUGGAGAAUUAUUGGGGGUCAAACAUCAUCAAUGGCUUGCAAAAAUCGAGCUAGAGUGUAUCUGGGGUAUGAGGACGAGUUUGUCACCGAGAAACAUCGGUCUCUGGUGAAUUUUGCGACGAAUAAGAUCGGAGGGAAACCGGACUUCCCCAUAAACGAGAAUUCUCUUUCAUCCCCGGCAUGUCGUCUCUGUGGUUUGAAUCAGCUUCUGGCCCUCCAGCUGUACGCACCCCUGGAGAGUUCUCGUUACCACCGAACACUGUACAUCUUCACCUGCAUAAAUCCCAACUGCUGGAAUCAACACGACAGUUGGACCUGCCUGCGUGUGCAAUUCCUCGAGGAGAAGAGCAUCAUGACGACUGAGACAGCCCCAGUGUCCACACCACCCACCACGAGCUGGCUGUCAGGCGCUGACGACUGGGGCGACGAGGGGAAUGACAACAGUUCAGAGCAAAAUGGCAACAACAUGAAUGACUCCACCAAGUUGAGUCUCCUCAUGAAUACUGGGGACACUGAUGAGGAAUUGACCGAGGACCUGUCCAACAUGAGGGUUGAUGAUCCCAAUGCCAACAGUCCAGCUAGUGUGGAGAGUCCAGUGGGAGGUGGAGCCGUGGGGAGACUGGAUUCACCUCAGGCAUCAGCGGAGAUUGAGGGUGAGGAAUCAGAGGUGGUUUGUAUCGAUACUCCCACCCAGCCCCAGUGCAACCUCGUGGACCUCCUCCAGGAAGUCACGCACAACCCCUUCCAGCAUCACGACCCAAACGCCCCUGUCAACCUCACUUUCACUGAAGUAUUUAUGUGGGUGGAGGAGGAGGAUCUCUCAGUGGAGGUCUCUCAACAUGAGAGGGAUCUCGCCAGGGAAUACCAGAUGCACCUCCCGGAGUCUGCGGGGGCGGAGGAGGUGAGGGGAAUGGAUACUAAUCCAGAAGCGUACGAAAAAAGUAUUCCUAAACAUGGGGAUGAGAUGUUCCAUCAUUUCAAGUGCAGAAUACAGAAGAAUCCUGGGCAGUUAAUUAGGUACUGCAGAGAUAACUCAUCAGCCCUCCUCCUCACUCCUCUGAGCUCAUCAGGUUUCUGUAGACAUUGCGGUGGCGAAAGAAUCUUCGAGGUCCAAGUUCUUCCAACGAUAAUUCCAAAGCUGAAACUCUCUCCCAGCAUCGACCGCAAUUUCCAGCUGGAGUUUGGGACAGUCCUAGUCUUCACGUGCUCCAGGAGCUGCUGGUCACCCAGUGAUGCCUUCAAGGAGGAGCACGUCGUCGUCCAGGCUGAAAGACUCUAGUUUAAUUGCUACACAGGGGAUAAAGAAUUCAGUAUUCCAAGAUGUAGAACUUCCAUGAAUUCUUUUGAUUUGCAUUAGGAGUCCGUCCGCUAGAUGCAUUUGCUUUUGAAACUGGCGAAUACGUGGAACAUGCACUGGGAGGUGGGAAAAAGCAGCUUCUGGAGAAUCACUGUUUGAUUGAAAAAACAUUUUUGCAAAGUGUUGGUCAUUACCAAGCCCUCUAGCAUAAAAACUUUUAUUCUAGAAGGUUAAUUAACUAUUCGAAAGCAUAUUUUUUAUUGACUAAAAGAUGAGAUAAAGAAAUGAUGACAAUGUGAUAGCCAACUUGUGAAUUAUUUUCAUUUUUUCGUAGUCAUCUGAUUCUUAAUCAAUAAUUAGUCUUCUUUCUCAUUAAUUUUCUUGCUCCCAGUGAAAUACAAUUAUUUAAUUACUCCAGUAAUGACCAGAUUCAGUGAAUUCCAUCACGUUCAAGAGAAUUGAAUUCUCUAAAAAAAAAAAUCUUUUGCCAUUUUGUGCUCAAUCGACUCAUCAUCACGAUAAUUAAACAAUUAUUGUUACACGUUUCGCCACUUCACUACGACUUGAAGUACAACAGUUGAACUAUGUCCUUAAUUCAAUUAACAGAGACGGAGAUCAAUUAUCUGAUGGGAUUGAAUUUAAUUGUCUGGAUGGGUUGUGAGACCUGGGAUUAUACGAGGCCUGAGAAAUCAAAUUUUACUAGUCAAUAAACGUUUUGUUUCAUCGAACGUUCAUUCCAGUGUUGCAGUGGUGGAGCUGAGGAUUUCAUUAUUUCAAUCAGGGAAUGCACUCUGGGCAAAUCGUCAUUUAUCAGUUUCCACCACUUCAUUGCUGAUUCCAUAACUCAGUGUAACUCGUCUAAGUAUACUUUUUAGAUGUAAAUAGAAAUAAAUGGGGUGAUGAGA